CCUUUAAAAAAAACCGUCUGCUCCGAAAGGAUCCCGAAAUGAUCUAAUAGCUGACUGGACACGAAAAGGGAAAAGUGUAUUGUAAUUCUAACAAGAAGUGCAUUGUCCAUACUUUGUUACAUUCGCACAUGUUAAAAUAUCAAUAAAGUGUACGGUAUAUUAUUACUUGACUAUUGGGGGGAAAGGUUAAGGGUACAACGGAUAUGCCUGACCCAGACAAAGUGACAAUGUCGAAAACAGCGGUAUUUAAUGGUGAUGCUGAUGGAUUUUAUGAUCCUAACUUCACCAUGGACAUAAACAGAAAAAUGAGGGUACCAAAGAGUAUAAGAGUCAGUGGUGAUUAUUCGGAUGACGAUACAAGCACCAAUGGCUCGGGUACCUGGAAUCCACCGGUGCAGAAUGAGAAGUUCGAUAUGCACGUACCUGACAGGAUUCUCGUUGUUGGUCAAGAUCAACACGUAGGUAUGAAAGCACCUCCAAUUGAGAUGGCCCUCGAGAAAUCAGUGACACAGCCCAUAACUCAUGGAAUGGUGAGAGUACAGACUCCACCGAGGGUUUUAACUCUUGGUGACCACUUCUUUCCAACUGCUGACGAUGAUGAUUUGGAGAAUUUUGGAAGUACCUCUGAACAAAAUAAUGCUUUUUCGACACCCCCAACUUACGUUAAUCAGACACAAAUAGCCCGACGUGCAGCAAGGGAGCAAACCCCAAUCUAUAGUUCCUUGGACGUCUCUCUUCCUCCAAGCGAAGAGAUCCAACAUCUUCGUCGUCAAGUCGGUAAACUUAAUCGUCGCGUGAUGGCAGUCGAAUUGGAGAUGGCCCAGCGUCAGCAACGCGAGAAAAUUCUAUACGCCAUUACAAUCGCAUACUUAUUCUUGAAAGCAUUCAAUUGGAUCAGUAGAAACUAAAUUCACAUCCUGAAAAGUUCUCAAGUCCUUUUUCAAGCAUUUUGGACGCUAAGUACUGUUCCCAAGAGCAAAAGAUCAGCCGAAAGUCGUGAAAAAAAUGCCAAUUAAUUGAAAAUAAUAUUUAAUAUAUUUGUUCAUCAUUCGAAGGACCGUAUGAAUUUAAAUUAGCGACCAUUGUUCUAAUCAUUCAAGUAGGAAUGAAUUUUUUUGUCUCCUUUAAAUUUUCUUUACAAUGGGUGACGAAGUGAGAUGUCCUAAAAGAAUAGACGUAACGAGACGGUAUAAUUAGAGAGAAACAUAUGAGGUGAUAAAGUAAUGACAUGUCAAGAGAAAUAUGAAAAUUAAUUAAUUCACCUAUGAACACGAUUUACGUAAAGUAAAAUUACAAAUAUGGGGAUACGAAUGAAGUAUUUAAUUCGACCCGAAGUGUAUGAAAACACUAAAGUAGAUAUCAUAGAUCUAGUUGAUAGAUUUUUUGAAGGAAAACGCUGAUUAGCAAGUUAUUUCAAUUCGAACCAUGAAUACUUAAGUGCGGCGACUAUUUCUUCAUCUCGCUAUUUUUUAGUUAAAAUAAACUGUCGUCGAUAGCAUAUAAGUUUUAUUAUAUGCUCGUAUAAUCCAAGUUCAUAAGCAACAUAACGUGAGAUGCGAUCGCAUCAGUCAAGAUUCUACCGAUUAAAAUGCAUUGAAAGCAGAUGCUUGAGCGACUGGCAUUAAUUUUUUUUUUUAAUUGAACAUUUGUAUAAUUUACAUUACAAUUAAUAUUGAAAUCUAUUUUUUCCCAGUCAAAGUCAAGAAAGAAAUAGACGAUGAUCGUAUUUCAUCUGCACGAAUUAAAUUUUUUUGUUUUAAUUAGCCACACAAUACAAUCUAUUCGAAUUUUUUGACAUUGAUUUCUUCUUGAUUACCAUGUAGAGAGGGAAUAAUGGUGAAAUUCUAAAUGAAAUGAUGUUUAUUAUAAAUUUCUUGCAAACGAGAUUAGGCGUCUGUACGUUAUUGUAUAUUUUUAUUACAUGGUAUAUAAGGAUUGAAUAAAUGAUUCUCUAAAUGAA